GCAGGAAUAGCCUCACUCUCACUGAGUGGUCACAGAAGAACCCGGGGGCUGGUCAGGAGCACGGAGCACUGUGUGAGCAGGAGGCGGGGCCAAGGACGCAGCAUCGCAGACUGGCACAGUGAGAGGCACGACACUGCAUGGCCGGGCUAAUCAUAAGGCAGCCGCCCGGGACAGCGGUGAAAAACCGGGACGGUUGGGACCUAUGCGGUAAUGUCUGCGGUGUGAACGCUCCGCUGUGUGUGUGCGGCCGCGGCAGCUCCCCCCCAUCCUCUCCCUCCGGCUUCGGGGAGGAGCAGUGAGGAUAGGCGGGACGGUACAGCAGCAGACACCGCCCGGAAACCACCAAGGAAGACCCAGGGUGAAAUCCUGAGAUUGCCCGGCACUGGCGCAGGAACUAACGGAUCCCGCCCGGCAGAGCCCUCGUUGUCCGGCCGCAUACUCCGGCGCCCCCGCCCUACAUGACCCUGGCCGCGGUAUAACGCGCCCCGCUGACCUGGUCACCCCCGCCCCAUCAGCCACCAUGUCUGCCUCCAAGAGCCUCCAGCAGUGGUGCUCCCAGCAGUGUGCCGGCUACCCCGGGGUUCGCAUCUCCGACCUCAGCUCCUCGUUCCGCGAUGGACUGGCUUUCUGCGCCCUUAUUCAUCGUCACAGGCCUGACCUCAUAGACUUUGAUUCACUGUCAAAAGAGAACGUCUUGGAGAACAAUCGCUUGGCUUUUGAAGUGGCAGAACGCGAGUUGGGAAUCCCAGCGUUACUCGAUCCAGAAGACAUGGUGUCCAUGAAAGUGCCAGACCGGCUUAGUAUCAUGACCUACGUAUCCCAGUACUACAACAAUUUCCGUAACUCUAACCCAGGACUCCCUCAGCUAAAACAAACUUCCCCAGCAGAACCUGUACAUGGCCAAGACAUGGCUCCCCAGGAUAAACUGGAACCUACCAGUGCCGCCACCCGUGUGGCUCCGAGCAGCACCUGUGCCUUAUGCCAGCAACAUGUGCACCUUGUGCAGCGUUACCUGGCAGAAGGAAAGCUUUACCACCGGCAGUGCUUCAGGUGUAAGGAAUGCUCUGGUACUCUACUUCCGGGUUCAUACCAGCCUGGUCCUGAGACUGGCACAUUUGUGUGCACCCAUCACUACCGACCACGGGCAGGCACCAGCAGUCCUGAGUCUGUGGAAAAAGGCUCUGUGGAAAGCAAGGUCUUGUCUCCACCAAAGCCACGCUUACCACCAAAGCCACCUCUUCCCAACAAACCACAGAAAGAACCUGAUGUUGACUCCAUAUCAGACACACCACCAGUGCCAGCACCAAGAAGAAGUGAUGUAAACCCGCAACCUCUGCCACGAGCUCGAUCUGGUGACCAGCAAUUGACUCCACCAGUUCCUAAACCAAGAGGCAGACGAAGGUCUUCAGAUGGGGACGAGGAGGGAAAACGACAUAAGGAUCCACCUUGGAUUUCCUUGGUAGCAGCAUCUGAGCCUAAAAAACGAGCUGCCCCACCUCCUCCGCCCGCAGUACGAAAGCAGGAUGAUUUGGAACAGAAUGCCAAGUCACCACAAGAUAAAGCCAACGAUUGCUCUUUGACGUCCAAACACUACAAUCCAUUUGAGGAAGAAGAUGAAGUAGAAGAGGAAAGUGAAAAUACUUUAAAACCAGGCCAUCCCUGGUAUGGAAUUACCCCAACCAGCAGCCCAAAGAGUCGAAAAAGGCCAGCACCUAAAGCACCAAAUGCUUCUCCUUUGGCUCACCAUUUUGGUCAUCUUAAUUCUCGGCUGUCUCAUUCAGAGCCUCCUUCAAGCAGCCCUUCACCAGCUUUAAGCACAGAGAGCCUUCCUACGGAUCCGUCCACAAAAGAUCAUGAGUCAGAAAGUGUCCCUAAGAGCUCUUCAGAACCAACUAUUCACUCACCCACUACAUCUGGACCACCAAAUGGAGGGAGCUCAGAUUUUCUCAAUCAUUCUACAAACCAUAGCCAUGAUGAUCAUAGUCAUUUAUCAACCAACACCAGCCUUUCCUCGUCAGGUGACCUAGCCAGUACUAGUGAGGUACAUGAAAGCCUUUCCCCCGAAAAGAGAGACUCCUCCUGUGAUAGUCUCCGAACCAGUCCAAGCAGACCAGCCCCACAACCCCCCGAUCCAGAUAAAAGUACAGCUUCAGAAGCCAAACCGCAACCAAAGGCUUCAUGUAAAGAGAACCCCUUCGAUAGAAAGUCCUCUCCAGUCACCUCUCCGGCUAUCAGAAAAAGCAAGAAAGGUCCAAAACCUGCUCGUCCACCAGCUCCAGGACACGGCUUCCCUCUUAUCAAACGCAAGGUUCAGGCUGAUGACUACAUCCCAGAAGAUGAAAUUCAAAUGGAGAUGGAGGCCAUUGAGACAAGACUAGAUGCGCUUGAACUUAGAGGAGUGGAGCUUGAGCAAAAGCUUCGCAAGCUGGAGGCAGAGUCUGAAGAGGACAGUUUGUUGGUGGAUUGGUUCAAACUUAUCCAAGAGAAGCAAACACUGGUACGCCGAGAAUCUGAGCUUGUGUACACCAUGAAGCAGCAGAGUCUUGAGCAGCGUCAAGCUGAUGUUGAAUAUGAACUUCGUUGCCUUCUCAAUAAACCAGAGAAAGACUGGUUGGAUGAAGAUAAGGAAAGAGAGCGGGUACUAAUGCAGGAGCUGGUGACGCUCAUUGAGCAGAGAAAUGCCAUUGUCAAAUGCCUAGAUGAAGACCGGCAAAGGGAGAAGGAGGAGGACAAGUUAAUAGAAGCAAUGAUCCAAAGGAAAGAUUUUCACAGAGAUUGUUAUAAGAAGAAGAAAGGUAAAUUCAAACCUAUGAAAGUCCUAAAGCUCUUGUCUCCAAAGCAAGAGGGAAAAACAAAGAGCCCAAAGGACAAAACAAAGAGCCCAAAGGACAAAACUCGGGAGCAGGAGGAGGGGGCCAAGAGGUAG